GUUUUUCCCUUUUACGUAAGUUGUUCCAAACAUGUUUGUGACAACCUCCUGUGAUGCACCUUUGGCAAAAGUUGGUUUUGGGUCCAAAGAUCAGUGCUGGGACAAGCGACCUGCCUGUGGCAAACAAGAGCCCGCAGAGUAUAAAACCCCAGCGGCGCGGUGGAGCGCGGGACAGCCCGAGCCGCGCCGAGGGGCAGCGGCUGCAGAGGAGGAUGGAGGCCAGCAUGAACCACCUGCACGACACGGGCAUCCAGGCGACGCGCUGGCUGCAGGAGCACUUCCAGGGUUCCCAGGACUGGUUCCUCUUCAUCUCCUUCGCUGCCGACCUCAGGAACGCUUUCUUCAUCCUCUUCCCUAUCUGGUUCCACUUCAGCGAGUCAGUGGGCAUCAGGCUCAUCUGGGUGGCCGUGAUCGGUGACUGGCUCAACCUCGUCUUCAAGUGGAUCCUCUUUGGGGAGAGACCGUACUGGUGGGUCCAUGAGACAGACUACUACAGCAACACCUCUGCCCCAGAGAUCCAGCAGUUCCCGCUCACCUGCGAGACCGGCCCUGGGAGCCCCUCCGGCCACGCCAUGGGUGCAGCGGGUGUGUACUACGUCAUGGUGACAGCCCUCCUCUCCGCUGCCGCAGGGAAGAAGCAGUCGAGGACACUCAAAUACUGGGUGCUGUGGACGGUGCUUUGGACGGGGUUCUGGGCAGUUCAGGUCUGCGUCUGCCUGUCCCGAGUCUUCAUCGCCGCCCACUUCCCCCAUCAGGUCAUCGCGGGGGUCAUCUCAGGGAUGGCCGUGGCCAAGACCUUCCAGCAUGUCCACUGCAUCUACCACGCCAGCCUCCGCCAGUACCUGGGCGUCACCUUCUUCCUCUUCAGCUUCGCCCUGGGCUUCUACCUGCUGCUGCGGGUGCUCGGCGUGGACCUGCUCUGGACACUGGAGAGGGCGCAGAGGUGGUGCGCCCGCCCCGAGUGGGUCCACAUCGACACCACCCCCUUCGCCAGCCUCCUCCGUAACCUGGGCAUCCUCUUCGGGCUGGGGCUGGCCCACAACUCCCACAUGUACCUGGAGAGCUGCCGGGGGAAGCAGGGCCAGCAGCUGCCCUUCCGCCUGGGCUGCAUUGCUGCCUCCCUCCUCGUCCUACAUCUCUUCGAUGCCUUCAAGCCGCCCUCCCACAUGCAGUUGCUCUUCUACAUCCUCUCCUUCUGCAAGAGCGCAGCCGUGCCGCUGGCCACCGUCGGCCUCAUCCCCUACUGCGUCUCCCAGCUCCUGGCCACGCAGGACAAGAAGGCUGUCUAGGGGCGUCCCCGCAGGUAA